CUUAGUCAUACACCAGCUAACACUCCUUCUCGGACCACAAUACUCACCUUUCAUUUGAACCACCGGCUCCACCAUAUUUUCUUCUUGCCUCCAGAGGCCCGACCAGCAAGAAUUUUGCACAAAUGGCCCGUUUGUUUGUAACAAGGUUUGUCCUGGCAUCGCUUGAUCUUGCGCAGCCCCUCUCCCCGCCGCCCGCUUACAAAAGUCCGGCUCGGGCAUUACAUUUAUGACUGCACUUUCCUGUCUUUCUUGAGCUUGACCAUCGACUGACAUGUUCUUCAACUCUCAUAGGACUACAUCACUAGCCGUUUCGCUCUUUGGCGCACUGUUCAAUUUCGCUCUUGCAGUGCGACUACUAGGAGCUUGGCGGUCGUUUAAAUGGGAACCAGAAAGCGAAUGGGAGAGUUCUGAGUAUUCCAUCAGUAAAGAUGGAGUGCAUCUCGUAUGGGCGUUAUUGUGCGCAUAUUUUGUUGCGGCAUCUGUCAUCUGUCUCUUCGGUUUGGCAGGCAUUGUCCGAGGCAAAGCGUCAUUUGUCCGCAUCUAUCGUGACUACAUUGUCGGAGAUUUCGUGUUUGGCACGUUGUUUGCAGCCAUAGGCUCUUACGCUGCCUUUCGACCAUCAGUUCGCUCCAGUAUUUGCGAGUUGUUGUCACGCCAGCCAGACACUCUUCGGGACUUUAUCGACUUGGGCCUGACUUUGGAGAACUGCGAACCAUGGUUUGAGCGGGGAGUAUUCGUGUUCAUGAUUGUUCUGAUUGUCAUCACCGUCAUUCGCCUUCACUUCGUGUUGGCUCUUUCCAGUUACUAUACCAUUCUUAUCAGUCACCAAGGCUUCCAUUUGUCAUCCCACACGCCUCACUAUGAGCGGAUAUACAUUCUACCAGUCCAUUCAAUGGCAAACAAAGCGCGCUGCACAUCCGACGUCGACCUACAAUUUGUAGACGCUCCCGUUUACGCUCCAGUCCCGCUCACGCAUGUUUCUUCGCAAGUCGCGGAGGAAUUGCUUGCGAAUGCGACCGAAGCAUGGGUUUCUCGAUUACACUCAGCCCAACAUGUACGGCCGCCCAGCCUCUCGCUGGCACGCCAUCAGUCUGUGGACCUCGGUUCGGGAGCAGGUCAGACCGCUGACUUGAUCUCGCUGGAGAACGAAAAGGCAUGAGCUCAGGAUUGGAUGAAAACGAUGGUAUUAACUUCUGACAUGUUGCGGUGGUGUCUCUGCUUCUCUGUGCUCUUGCUUGUAUUAUUGUGUUGAUGAGUUGCUGCUUGCUUGUACAUUAGUUAUCUCAGUUAUUCGGAAUCAGAAGGACCAGUGUCGUCCUUUUUGUAAUGAUGUAUAGCAUGGAAGCUCUUUGUAGUACUGAACUGAAUUCGCAACUCUGACAUCAAUAUAUCCUUCUGUUCCGUUCCGGCUC